AUGAAGAGCUUAAAGACAAAUAACUCACAGGAAAGAGUUCCUAGUGAGGAUGGUUUCGGAAUUGAUAUCCUUGGUUUAAAUUCAAAAAGAUCACCUAAAAUUACUUCUAAAUUAACUAAGAAAAGGGCUAAACCUCAAAAAGGUCUCUCAGAAAUACAUAAAACUUACGAGAUUGGAGAAACUAUAGGGUUUGGGACUUAUUCUCUAGUAAAACUUGCAACCAACAAGAAAACUGGAGAGAAAGUUGCCAUCAAGAUCUGAAGAAGAGAGAACUCAAGAGAAAUGGCUAAGAAAGAGUUUGAAAUUCUGAAAUCCUUGAGACAGAGUACUAUAAUACAACCCAAGGAUUUCAUUGAAAACGAAGCUGAAAAUGAGUCCUACCUUAUUCUUGAAUAUUUUGAAGGCAUGACACUUGACAGAUAUGUUAAAGAACAUGGUCCUCUUGAGGAAAAAGAUACUGAAAAGGUAGCAACAGCUCUGGCUGAGUGUAUAUCCUAUCUUCAUUCAAACGGGAUCGCUCAUAGAGACCUCAAGCCAGAAAAUGUACUUAUCAAUGAAGAUAAAGAAAUCAAGCUAAUUGAUUUUAAUAUCUCCAAGAAGGGAAGAAAGAAACUGGUGGAAACAAAGAGAGUGACAAAAUUUUCAAAGAUAUUCUAUACCCAAAUAUCAUCUCCUCUAUACGCAGCCCCUGAGAUCAGAAGCAAGAAGCUCUACACAGAAAGCAUUGAUAUCUGGGGGUUUGGAGUUAUCAUAUUUACUUGUCUAUUUGGCAGAAUAGAAGACUUCGCAGAGUUAUACAAUUCAGCAAAAUCUUUCAAAAGAAUCGAAGAUUAUAUAAUUUCAGAAGAAAUAUCAAGCUUAUCCUUACAAAGACUGCUCAUUGACUGUCUUAAUGAAGACCAGGACCUGAGACCAACUGCAGCUGAGCUUUCAGCUUACUUAAACUAA